AUGAUUGUAAAACUUCAUUUAUUCUUACUUAUUGCAAUCUCUUCGUGUGCAGAUAAUGUGACAGAAAUGAUUGAAAUAACAGAACUCAGACGCGUCCAUCUAUUGGAUGCUGUAGGUGUUGUGAUUUCAACAUCUAGCGUCUUACGUUGCGCCGCUAAUUGCAAUUCGUCGUGUGUGUCGCUAUCGUACCACGAUGAGACAAACACAUGUCAUAUCUAUGAUUUCCUAGUCAGUAAUGACACAUUGGAAUCUAAAACAGAAAAUGGAUGGAGAUCGUACAGGAGAAAUAAGGGUGAUUGCCCGACUGACAUUGGAUACAUCUACAAUUCCUCUCUUGACUGGUGUUAUCGGCUGGUUACUGGAUUGGACUAUAAUAUUCAAGGCGCAGAAUCCUUCUGUAACCUUGAUGGGGCACAUCUGGUCAGGAUUAACUCCAUGUUGAGACAGCUACACAUGACGGAUUAUCUGAAGUCUAAUGGAGUAGCAUCGGUGUAUGUUGGAGGUCGUUCUGAAAACAAGGAUAAUAAUUUCUUCUAUGAUGAUGAAACACCUUUACAAUUCACCUUUUGGGAUAGUGAUCAACCCUGGCAACAAACAAGCAUCUAUAUCAUAUUGGUUGGAAAUAAUUAUGUAUGGAUGAACGGACAUGGAACACAACCACGUGACUUUGUGUGUGAAAUACUUGUAUAA